AGGCGCGGCGGCGGCGGCCAUGACGCGGAGCUGCUCCGCGCUGGGCUGCACCGCCCGCGACACCGGGCGGAGCCGCGAGCGCGGCAUCUCCUUCCACCAGUUCCCGGUGGACGCCGCGCAGCGCCGCGAGUGGAUCCGCGCCGUGAACCGCGUGGACCCGCGGAGCCGCCGGGCGUGGCGGCCCGGCCCCGGCGCCAUCCUCUGCUCCCGACACUUCGCCGAGGGGGACUUCGAGCGCUACGGGCUGCGGCGGAAGCUGCGGCGGGGCGCCGUGCCCUCCCGCUUCCUCCCCUCGGAGCCGCCGGGCGCCGGCCGCAGGAGGAGCGGGAGCCCCGGCCGAGCGCUGAAGCAGCCGCUGCCCAGCCCGCCCGCCGGGGACCACAACUACAGCCUGCAGGGCCAGCGGGCGGCCGGGCCGGCGCCGCACGCCCCGCGGCUCCAGCAGCCGCCGCCCGCCGCCGGGAGAGGCGGCCCCGCGCCGCGGCGCAGGAGCGUGCCCAGCUUCCUCAGGGAGCUGGCGGAAAAGCGGCUGCUCUCUGAGGAAAUCGUGAGUUUGCUGCAGGCGCAGUUUGCAGAUUUGCCUCGAGAGUUGCACAGCUGGAGGCAGAUGGCAGACUACUCACCAGAAAUGAGGCAAUUUGCUUGUCUUCUCCAUCUCUACCAUAUUAAGGCCUAUGAUUACCUACGGAAGAUUCUUCCCCUCCCUCAUCCUUACAGCCUGACAAACUGGCUGUCUAAUAACAAGGCUGCUGCGGGCUUCAGCAGUGACAUUUUUCUCCAGCUUCAGGAAAAGGUGGAGAGAGGGGAUCAGGCGUGCCGCUACUGCGCCGUGCUGGUGCAGGACGUGUCCCUGCAGAAGCAGCAGGAGUGGGACCCACAGAGCAAGCAGCUGACGGGCUUUGUUGACUUGGGAGCAGGCGUCCUUGACGCCGACGAAGCUCCGCUGGCCUCGGAAGCGAUAAUCCUCAUGGCAGUCGGCAUCUGGAGCCCUUGGACAGCUCCCCUGGGCUAUUUCUUGGUGAGCAGCACGUCCGGCCGCUUCCUCGCUCAGCUCCUUCGUCAGGCCAUCCAUAAACUGAACAGCGUUGGGAUCGUGGUCCUGGCUGUGACAGCGGGUGCCUCUGCUCGCGGUGCUGAGACUGCCAGAGCUUUGGGCAUCAGGAUAGAUCCCAAAAGGAUCCAGUGCACCUUCCAGCAUCCACCUGGCUCUGCUCACAGCAUCGCGUACUUCUUUGAUGUUCGGCAUGCCCUCCUGCUGAUAAGGAAUGCUCUGCAGUGCUUCCAGAAGGUCGAGUGGCUCGGUGACACCGUGUGGUGGCAGCACGUGGUGGAGCUGGCAACUUUGGGCGAGCAGAAGGUGUUGGAGCUGUGCAGUCCUGAGUCGGGCAGGGCUGGGAGUAAAGGGAGUUACCACCUGAAGGUCAACCUUGCCAGCCUGCUGUUCAGCGAGGGUGCUGCUGAGGCACUGGAGCACCUCCAGGAGCUGGGCCUGGCCUCCUUUCAGAACUGCAGCGGGACUGUCAAGUUUGUGCGUCUGAUGAGCUCUCUGUGCAAUGUAUUUUAUGGCAGAGGUCCCUAUGGAAAGGAGCCUUUGCUAGCUGGGAAUUACACCAAAAUAAGCAACCUCUUUGAUGAGGCCAGAAGCUGCUUUGUCAACUUAACAGACUCGGUAGGGAGAUACAUUAUUAAGAGCAAACGCAAACUGGGAUUUCUGAGCUUCUUGCUCAAUGCUGAAAGCCUCAAGUGGCUUUCCUCCAACCACACGUGUCCAAAAGGCACUCCUUCCCACCACCUCCACACACGUGCCUUCAGCCUGGACCCUCUGGAGCAGUUUCUGAGGGCUCUCCAGCAAGCCUGUGGCAGCAGUGGCAGCCCCACCUGCGCUGUGUUCCAGGCUGCUUACCACAAACUGCUGGCCAGCUGCAGCCUGGCCCCCGGCUCACCACCCAGCAGUGGCCUUGCCAGCCCCUGGGAUGUAGCCCUGUCUCAGGGGAGAGCUGUGACUCUGGGCAGCAUUCGUGCUCAGUGUCACCCAGCUCCUGGGAGGACUGUGGCCCCAGAGCACCCCUACAGCACAGGCCUGCUUUUGCCCAGCUCUGCCCUGAGCGACGCGCUGACAGAUCUGUCGCUGUGCGCACAGAGCCUCACCUGCAUGGCUGGCUGGGUGGCCGAGCAGUUGGCCUUGGACUUGCAGUGUGAGGCUUGCCUUGCCUCUCUGUUUGAGGCAGAUGAGAGCAGGCUAAGAUUCAGGUCAGUGCUCUACGUAAAAAAGUUAGGUGGUGUGAGUCUGCCCUCAGCCAGUGUGUACCACAUAACAAGCAUUUCAGAACAAGUCCUAAACCGAUACAGCAAAGUAGAAGGUGCCAACAAAAAUACCAAGCUGUGGUAUUUGUGUCUAGAACAGAAAGUCUUCCAGGAGCUUCUGGAAGAGAGCCCCCUCUUUCCCACCCUCACAAAGCAUUUAUUUGAGGAGGAGCUGAGCAUCAACAACCACUACACAGUCUUAGUAAAGGAAAUAACACGGUGUUACUUAAAGCUAAGAACAUGCCCCACCCAACACCUGAAUUUGAAAUACCCUUGUGGAAAGUACAAGUUGAAGAGACUGAAGGGAAAGCAUUUGUUUCCAUCACCAUUGGGUAGCUGUCAGUGAAGCUAAGCACACACUUGGUCUUACUGAGUACUCUGUGGUUCGUUCCAAGGAUGGCCGUUCCUUGUUUAGGCUCAGUGCUGGACAGAUCUAGGCAACACACGUGAGGAAACAAUGCUGGCAAAACUAGUGUUCAUAAGCAGUGAUGUUUUGGGCCACUGCAAAUCCCCUAAUCAGAGUUUAACUGAGCAAACCAAGGAAGUUUAUCCCAUUUGCUGUCCUUUCUAUCAGUCCUGCAAAGCAGCCACGAAUUUCAUGAAAUUUAGAAGGCAGGUCAGGAUGAACCAGGGUUGCUCCAGGUGCUUUGGGCAGGGGUAGGAUACUGCAGUGUUCCUGGAAGUGCUGGGUGGUUUCAGUGCUGCACGUGCUCUUGCCAGAAGAAAACGGAUAGUUGGUGGGGUUGCAGGGAAUCACAUGCACUGGCACUUUGAUUUCACCAAAAAGAUGUGCUUUAUAAAAGCUGGGGACAGGAGAGCUUGCAGAGCUUCUACUUAAAUAGGAAAACAAAGAUGGGAGAAGAAAGCGCACUCAAGUUGUACACAAGCUCUAAUCUCCUUUCCAAUAUGUCUUACCAAACAGCUAAAGAUACUGGUCCAGUCUAGAUCCUCUGGCUCAGUGCUGAGCCUGUGACCAGAUUGCUGUGUCCAGUGGCAUCCAGGAGCACCAAUGCCCUCCUCCAGGGGCAGGAACACAUGGGUGUGCUACAGCAGGGCAAGCAUUUCAGUUCCCAUUUCAUGGUCCCAUCCUCCCAGGGCUGGCCUGUGUCCUGCAGCCCAGGGCACACAGCACCCUCCUUUCAGUGUUUCCACUGAGCACUUGAACCACAGCUUUGGUGCCACAAAGUAGGACAGGCUGCUUCAGUUGGUUCAUUUCCAUGGCAAGGAAGCUGCCUCCAGUGCUUUGCCUGGAACAGCAAAGUUUAGCAGAACUGCUGCUAAAGUUUUGCUGGCAUGCAAAACUGGAGUUGCAUCCAUAGAGGUGGAAGGCAACAAAUUCCCACAAAACCUGCUGUUCAAUCACUCUUAAGAUCCAUGAUGGAGCUGGGAUGAAAACUGGUGAUCUGCCACAUCCUAGGGCAGUAAUAAUAUAAAAGGUAUCCUUCUGCCUACCAGUGACUUGACAAAACUGUUCCUGGUUGGUUUGGGUUUCUCCUCCUUCCCUUAGUUUUGCUGUAUCCAACCCUUCAAGCUCUGCUUUGAGAGCAGCAGCACCACAGAAAUUCAUACAAUCAGUGCUGGGAGGCACAGUCCAGAACCUCUGGGCUUUUUUUUUUCCCCCAGUCCAAAUAUCUAUGCAAAAAACCACGUUGAAGCCAUCACAGCCAUGGAGCCAUUCCAGCUACAAGAGACUUUGCAGGAAACUAUUCCCUCCCCUCUACAUGUGAUUUUUGGAACAACUGGCAAAAUGCUGCUGAAGUCUCAGUGACAUAUGGAUUGCAAUCAUGUAAUAUUGGAACACUUGCAUUGCCUCCAGCUCUAAGAUGAGUAGUUAUGAACUGUGCCAUGGAUUGCUGUGCACGACAGCACACCAGUAACCAAGGGAUAUUUAUUUAUCUCUGGUAGCAUUUGGUCUCACACCGAAAAUCCAAGUCAGUACUUGCAUCAGAAGUGGACCUAGUGUUAACAAUUUAUUUUGAUAUUUCAGUGACAAACCUUCUGUGUAUAUUUGUCAGUGCUGAAGCAAAGGAGUGCAAAAAAAAUCAUAUUUACAGAAUAGUAUAAAUGUUUAUUUUUGUGAUUUAUCUGACUGUUUUAUUUGUACAAUAUAGAAAAGUGUAUUCUUUGAAUAGGUCUUGUAAAUAUAAAUUUAAUUUUUCUAUUUUUGGAUGUAAACAGAACUAUAAAAUGAAUCCUUGCCCCAUUCCCAAUUAUUUUUUAUGUAACUGGAUGAACUUGACUGUUAAUCUUGUCCAGCAGUUUGAUGCAAAUGGCUAAGGAAGUACAAAAACCAAUUCAUACACUCUACACCAGGGAGAAGGGAGAGAGGAAUCCAAGCUUAAUAUUUGAGAAAGCUUGUUCAAAACAAAAUAGAACUAAGAGCAUUUGAUUGCACCUUCAAAGUCUUUACAAGCAAAAUAUUCUCCAGCAAUGCCAUCAUACAUAAUUACAACUGUAAUCUAAAUUUCACAAGUGCUUUUGCACACUGUAUAUAAAUACACAUCACAAAAGGUGCAAUUUAGAGUAAGACACUGAAUAUAUACAAAAUUAACACAGAUUGAAGUCUAAACAAAAGGCAUAUUGCAAUCUGUUUGAAAAAUAACGUAAGUAGGUAUUACUUUAUUCACUUACACUAAUUUACAUUUAUACAAAUCUUACUGGACAGACUAUAUUAGGUCACUAGAAGGGAACGGAAUAUCUGCACUAUCUACAGGUAAAGUUACUGCACUGAUUUUUUAGUUAAUCCAAGUCCUAAUAAUGAAAAAUGUGGCAUUUACUUACACGAGAGGUGGAUUCCCUUUUCAGAGAUUUGCACAAACAUUGCUGUUUAUGCUCAGGGAGAUGUCCUUAGCAGAGAGAGCCCUUCAGACAGUGACUGGCAGGUCAGACCUGGUCUGUGAGCCCACCACUGCUGCUGACUGCCUCCCAAGCCCUUCAUGCCUCCCAGGCAUUUCAAGGAGGCACCAGAAGAGGGUCAAGGGCCUUCUGUGCAGUGUACAGGGCUGAGAGGUGAAGCAUCCUCCCACCCUACUGCCUUCACACACAGAGGCACAAAUCUCUGCUGCUGGUGUGCCUAGCCCCUACCUCUCCCCACCCUGGCCUUGCAUUUCUCUGUAUUUACAGUUUUAUAGAAGGAAUACAAAAUCCCUUUUGGAAAAAAACAUAGCUAGUUCAGACUGCAGUGAGGCAGGUAAUAAAAAUGCCUGUGAUUAAACAUGGUUAACGGUGUUCAUGAUAGGUGAGUAACCCACCAGGUUAAUUCUGCAAAUGUGUUCCCCUAUCAAAAAUGUGAUCUGAUAUUGCCUGUAACAAAUACUGAAAAAAAUCCCCUGCCUUAGUCUAUGCCCAGCUAUAGCUGAUUGCCCCCCAUUUAGUGUGAAAGCAUCUGUGUCUGUUUUUGUAGCAAUCCUGAUUCUGUGCUAGUACUUUUUCGGAUCACAGCUCUCACAAUUAUUCUAAACAAAAUAAAAGAGCCCUUAUGCCAAGUAAAUUGCCAACAUGGAGAGAAGCAGCAUCCUGAAUACCCACAGCAGGCUGAACAUGAUCCCUACCUGCGUUUGUAAGUUGAUUCAGAUGCAGAUUGUCAUCUCCAGUGACUUCAGCUUCUCAGGCCUAAACACUUUCCCAGGGUUACAGCUUGAUCCUAGAAAACACAAGGGACUGCACAGCCCUACUUCCAGUGAGGGGUUAGGCUGCUGCAGACCUCUGAAAACCAAGCUUCACCCAAACAACAGCAUCAAUCUGCUACACACUUAGCUAACACUACGCUGGGCAGACAGUCUGGCAUUGUGGUGUGGCUGCUCUUGCUCACUUCUGAGGACAGGCCACUGUCUCAGCCUUCAAGUUCCAGCUUAAGAAACACCUGAGCACUCUGCCCCAUUCCUAUCAAAACUUCCCUGUAAUGCCAUUCGCCUCUAUACUCCUUGGGCCCUGCUCCAGAAACAUUCUCUACCAUUUGCUCAGUGCUACAUCUGCAACCCCUCUGUAUUAUUUACUGCCUGUGCAUCUCACAGUGCUCCAUGCACUACAGGGACAUGCUGUGUCAGGUCCUAAAUACAAGUACUACCUUCCAUUUAGAUGCUUAUUUCUACCUAUUUCCUUUCAGAAUUAUCUUGGAUACAUUGGUACCUCCAUAUUACAGGCCUGUCAGCAAAAGCAUGACCUGGCUGUUGACAUCACCUGUGUUUUCCUGUAUGCACAGUGAUGCAAAUCCAUACACUGUAAAUAAUAUAUAUUAUAAUAAUUUAUAUAUGCCCUUCAGACAAUUAUUCUGGGGAAAAGGGGAGAACACACCUAAUUUUUAAGAAACCCUGGGUAAAAGCUGUACAUUGGGAAGAAGAACUGACUUUUAGGCAUUGUCUGACAUAGAAGAGGAUUUAGCUAAGAUUUAAAAGGCUCUACAUCUUGUUAUAAAAGAAUUUCUCGUUUCAAUCUUACACGGGUCAAUUUACAACAAGCACCAAAUUAACAAAUAUUAUUAAAU